CGGAUCUGCAAGGGCUCCACGUUUUUGUAGAGACAAAAUUCAGUUACAACAUCUGGCAUCCAUGUUACAAAUUCACGAUUUAUAAUUAGCUACAUAUACUCUUUUUACCAUAUAAGUAAUGCAUGGCAACUCCUAUAAAUAUCUUUAUUAUCCUUUUGUAAUUCCUACUAAAAGGUCAGCAUUAGUGACAUCACUAAUAUAAAGUAAAUCUUGCAUUGAUGAAUUGCUCUUACUGUAUUCUGUCUUUCAUAUUGACAAAAAGACAGGUCUUUACAUUUUACACAAGGAGGCAUAGGAAACACGAAAGACUUGCUCUUGUUAUUGUACAAAAAUUGAUUGGUUUGGAAUCACCACUCAGAGCAAAUUGACAACAACAGUGAUAAUAUGUAAGUGCUAAGAAAGAGUUUGUACUCAAUAUAAUGGCCAUCCAUAUAUACUGAUAUCAUUGAUGCUUUUGUUGUAUUGAAUUUGAUAUACAGCCAUAAAACAAUGGCAGCAAUAAGCCCAAAGAAACGCAACAGUAUAUUUGAUGAUUCUGAUGACUCUGAUGAAGAACAAGAGAUUACAAAGGAUGCAAAACCAGAGUUACCUCGGAAGGUGAACAAAACUUCUAAAGAGGAAAAUGCACGAAGUAAAAAAGUGGAAGGAAAGAAAGAAACUGUCAAAGCACGAAUAAAAUCCACUCGUGAAAAGGGAAAGGAGGUGACUGACAAAGCACAAACAACUUCCACUUCUGGGAAAGGAAAGAAGGAGAAUGACAAAGAACAAACAAAACACACUCAGGAAGAAGAAUCAAACACAGAGGAGUCUCCUUCUAAAGAGGAGAAUGAGGUUGAAGAAAAAAAGGAAGAGGAUAUGAAUCUGAGCGCGUCGCAAAUGGCCUUGAUCGAGAAGAAGCGACAACAGGCUCUCUUAAUUCGAAGGGAGAAGAUGAACAGAAAGAAUCCUUACAUACGAGCUGAAGAGAAGAAGGAAAGUGUAAAGGUGAUUCGCAUGCAAGACACCAAAUUGAUUGAUACUGGUGGUGGCUUCUUUAUUGAGGAAAAUGAAACCCCUGCCAAUGAGAUCACAGAUGAUGACAUAGAUGCUGCUAUGAAAUUGGUAACAGAACCAGCACCACUGUUUGAAGAGGACAGACCAUUUUGUUUAGAAUGUGAUCAUCCGUUCAACAAUUCAUUUCUAUUUCACAACUUUGACCAUCGAGUGUGUGAUCAGUGCAGGGAUAAUGAUGACAAGCAUGCACUCAUCACAAAAACAGAUGCCAAGAAUGAGUACUUGUUGAAGGAUGUAGAUCUAGAGAAGAGAGAGCCGCCUCUAAAGUUUAUUGUAAGAAAAAACCCUCACAAUUCAAGAUGGGGUGACAUGAAGUUAUACCUGAAAUCACAGAUUGAGAAACGUGCUCUUGAGGUGUGGGGCUCAGAAGAGGCCAUAGAAGAGGCUAUGGAAAAGAAGGAAGAACAGAGAGAAAUAAGUAAACAAAGGAAGUACAACAAGAAGAUGAAAGAGCUGAGAAUGAACGUAAGAAGCAGUUUAUACACUCGAGCAACAAAAACACACGAACAUGAAUAUGGUGAAGAAGUCUACCUUCCUGAUGAAGAUGAAUAUUCUCGAACUUGUAAAACUUGUGGCCACAGUUAUACCUAUGAUAAGAUGUAGUAUCAAGUAUGUUGGAGAAAAGCUGCUGUACUUCCUAGGUUUUAAUCAGGGACUAUUUAUAUAUUUAUUUUCUUACUGCAUUGAGUUUUUUUGUAGUGAGUUGGGCAACCUGUUUAUUGGCAUUCCAACUUUUGUAUUUAACACAUGGAAAAACUAAAAAUAUUAAUAACUGAGAUUUUUAAAAUGUUCUGUGUGUAUUAAAUGAAGUUUUGAUAUAGUAGUAAUCUCUUUUACAAUGUGUAUUGCCUGGAUAAUAGUUCCUAUGUGGACUCAUGCUCUAAAGUAUUAUUAAAUAAAAAAAAUUCUUUUGGUGGUGGCUGGUGGAACUUCUGUGCUCCUCUUGUCUGCCAACUAUCUAGUGUUGAUUCUCUGUUAGAAAAACCCACUGUACACAAACUCGGUUUAUUGAAAUGUGAGACAACAGUUUCAUAAUCCUCCUGCAGAAGGUGCACUGUAAAUGAAUGGCAGGUGAGCAUAGGUAAAUAGAAAAGAAGGCAGUUCAGAUCAAGUUAAAGGGUUGGAUAAUCUGUGAGAAGGGUGGCCAGCAUAAGGCAGCAAUCAGAGGAUAAAGUAAGGAGACUGUCAGCUGGAGAAAAAGUGCUGUUAAGGUUGAAAUUGGGCAGCUGAUUCAUUCCACCAGUCUGCAGAUGUUGACAUCAGAGGAAGGAAAAAAUACAAGUAGGUGACUAACCAUCUGAUGGCCUGUUUCUCACUUAUGACAAUAUUUUCUGGAUUACUUAUAAUAUAACUAGUGAAUUUGGUAUCUGACUCCCCAAAGUACUGCUUAUCACACAAGGCUCAAGGAAUACUACAGGUGCCCACCUUCAAAGUAGAGGGAGAACAGGUGUGAACCAGGUUGUAGCAGAGGGUGUUUACCUGGUGAAUGGUAAGCUUACAGUUUAGAGGGUGAGUGGGGCAAUGAAGAGAAUAGACCUCCUCAGUGUAGAAAGUAUACUGUGCCCUGGAUAACACAGAUUUGAAGACAUGGUGAGGGUAGCCCAGCUUAAUGAUUGAACAAUGCAUCCAGACACAGGGAAUCACAGAUGCAAAGGAGUAACAUUGUGGAGUAACAUUUGGGUAAUAAAAGAAGAGUUUGCACA